AUGACUAAGAGUAAUAUCAAUGUUAAUGAUCUGUUUGCAUUUGAUCCUGAAAUAGAGACAACAUUGCAUGCUGCUAGAAGAGCUCGUAUGUUGACUUAUAGUAGAAUUACUGAACUUGAUCCUAUUUCUGAACAUACUGAUUUUAAUUGUUCUAGUUCUUUUAAUAGAGUAGAUUUUACCUCUUCUAGUGAUUCUCUAGUUAAUUCUGAAAUCAUGGAUAACAAAAGUUUGAAACAAUUGGCUGAACUUGAUGUUGAAAAUUAUCAGCCACUAUGUAUUCGUUAUCCUGAUUUAAGUAUUGCAUUUGAAUUAAAAUCUGGUUUGAUUCAUUUGCUGCCAAAGUUCCAUGGUCUUGCAGGUGGGGAUCCUCAUAAGCAUCUGAAGGAGUUCCACGUGGUAUGCAGUACUAUGAAGCCACAAGGAGUAGAUGAGGAGCAAAUCAAGAUGAGGGCUUUUCCAUUUUCUUUAGAUGGUGGAGCUAAGGAUUGGUUUUACUACCUGCAGCCAUCCUCCAUUGGAAGCUGGAAUGAUAUGGCCAGACACUUCCUAGAAAAAUUCGUCCCAUCUUCAAGAGCCACUUCGAUCAGAAAGGAAAUAAGUGGCAUAAGGCAAGCAAAUGAGGAGAACUUGCAUGAGUACUCGGAGCAAUUCCAGAGGCUGUGUGCAAGCUGCCCGCACCAUCAAAUCCCAGAUCAACUGUUGAUUGUGUACUUCUAUAAAGGGUUGCUUCCCAUGGACAGAAAUCUUUUAGAUGCAGCUAGUGGUGGAGUCCUAGUCAAUAAAACACGUGUUGCUGCAAAAGAAUUGAUUGCAGAGAUGGCAGCCAAUGCUCAGCAAUUUGGCACCAGAGCCAACAACAGUGUGGUGUUCCAAGUGCAAGAAUCUACAGUCCAAUCUUCAGCAGCUCCUACAGUAGCAUCAAGCAUGGAGAAUCAAGGAAUUGAAAAUAAGCUUGAUGAGUUAAACUCGCUGGUGAGACAAUUGGCAGUAACACAGAUAGUGCAGCCUCCCACUCCAGAUGAGCAACCCGUGUGGCAUCUGCUCAUCCCUCUAGUUGACCAGACAGUAGCUGCAGUAGGAGUUUUCCUUGGAAAAUCGCAGUAUCAACAGCAGCAAUACAAUCCCUUCUCCAAUACUUACAAUCUUGGCUGGGAGGAUCAUCCCAACUUGAAGUGGAAUCAGAAUCUGAACCAGCAGAGCCUUCCUCCUUAUCAGCAGAGGCAAAAUAUCCAGCAUGCUGUACCUCCACAUCAAUUGCAACAGGAGACACUAGCCCAACAGCAGAGCAAUUGCGGUCCUUCACUAGAAGAUUUGGUGAAACUGAUGACGACGAGUAACUUGCAAUUCCAGCAGCGGACCGAAUCUACAAUUCAGAACCUGCAAACACGGAUUGGCAAGUUAGCAACAUCAAUGAGUCAGGUUCAACCUCAAAAUUCCAGCAGUUUUCUUCCUUCGCAAACAGUUCCAAAUCCAAAAGGGAAUGCAAAUGUCAGCGCUAUAUCUCUGAAGUCAGGCAAGCAACUAAAUGAGCCCCAACAAGCUACAGUUGAGGAUGAACUAGCAUUGGAAAAAAAUAAGACAGCGCAAGAGAAGAAAAAAUUUGAUAAUGAACUUGAGUUCUCCGUUCCGCUUCCCUUCCCUCAAAGAGCCAUCAAUUCCAAGAAAUUGGCAGAAAUAGCACAAGAAAAAGAGAUGCUAGACACAUUCAGGAAGGUUGAAGUUAACAUUCCUCUCUUAGAUGCUUUCAAUCAGAUUCCAAAAUAUUCCAAAUUCCUAAAAGAAUUAUGGAUCAAUAAGAGUUGUAUAUUUGAUGAUUGCAUGCUAGAUUUAGGCGCUUCCAUUAAUGUCAUGCCUGAGUCUGUUUAUAAGUCUCUUGGUCUUGGUCCUUUGUGUGCUACUGGUGUUGUUAUCCAGUUAGCCAAUAGGAGCAAUGCUCACCCUUCUGGUUUAAUUGAAAAUGUUUUAGUCAGACUUAAUAACCUGAUAUUUCCUACUGACUUUUAUAUUUUAGAUAUGGAGGGUGAGUCUCCUAGUAGUAAGCCCCCAAUCAUACUUGGGAUGCCCUUUUUGUAA